GGGGGAGAAUGGCAGUUGCGCUGCUGGUCCCCGGCUGCGUCGGUCCGGCUGGAGUCACCGAGGGGAGUUCGGGAAAGCGGCCGGCCGCUACGCUUCCACCGGUAGCUCUUGCCCUAGCCGAGACGGUUCCGCGGCGGGGCUGAGGGCCGGGCCGUCCUCCGUCCUCCCUCAAGGCUGGUGCCUCCGCGGGAUGGGGCCUGCUCGCCCGCCGCCCUGAGGAGCUGAGGACAUCUGUGACAACAGUCUUCUCUAAUUGGACUUUUUCAAGAUUUUCUGAAGGAGCCAAUAGGAUUUUUUACAUCAUGACUUAAUCUGUCUACAAGAACAAAAAAUAAAUUUUAUUUUUAAGUAUAAUGAAGGGCUGUGUAUGAACACUGACCCCAACUCAAUUCUAAUGAGCAUUUUAGACAUGAGUUUACAUCGGCAAAUGGGUUCGGAUAGAGAUCUUCAGUCUUCUGCCUCAUCUGUGAGCUUACCUUCUGUCAAAAAGGCGCCAAAAAAGAGAAGAAUUUCAAUAGGCUCUCUCUUUCGGAGGAAAAAGGACAACAAACGUAAAUCAAGGGAGCUCAAUGGCGGAGUGGAUGGAAUUGCAAGUAUUGAAAGUAUACAUUCUGAGAUGUGUACUGAUAAGAACUCCAUUUUCUCUACAAAUACCUCUUCCGACAAUGGAUUGACUUCUAUCAGCAAACAAAUCGGAGACUUCCUAGAGUGUCCAUUGUGCCUCUUGAGGCAUUCUAAAGACAGGUUUCCUGAUAUAAUGACUUGUCACCAUAGGUCUUGUGUGGAUUGCUUACGGCAGUACCUAAGGAUAGAAAUCUCGGAAAGUAGAGUGAAUAUCAGUUGUCCAGAAUGCACCGAACGGUUUAAUCCCCAUGAUAUUCGGUUGAUACUAAGUGAUGACGUCUUAAUGGAAAAGUACGAAGAGUUCAUGCUUCGGCGAUGGCUUGUUGCAGACCCUGACUGUAGGUGGUGUCCAGCUCCAGACUGCGGAUACGCUGUGAUAGCAUUUGGAUGUGCCAGCUGUCCUAAAUUAACCUGUGGGCGAGAAGGCUGUGGGACAGAGUUUUGCUACCACUGUAAGCAGAUCUGGCAUCCAAACCAGACCUGUGAUGCUGCUCGGCAGGAGAGAGCCCAGAGUUUACGCUUACGAACUAUACGCUCUUCGUCCAUUAGCUACAGCCAGGAGUCUGGAGCAGCAGCUGAUGAUAUAAAGCCGUGCCCACGAUGUGCUGCUUACAUAAUAAAGAUGAAUGAUGGGAGUUGCAAUCAUAUGACAUGUGCUGUCUGUGGCUGUGAGUUUUGUUGGUUGUGUAUGAAAGAAAUCUCUGAUUUACAUUAUCUAAGUCCAUCAGGUUGUACUUUUUGGGGGAAGAAACCCUGGAGCCGAAAGAAGAAAAUCUUGUGGCAGCUGGGAACCCUUGUGGGUGCUCCUGUAGGGAUUGCUCUGAUAGCUGGCAUCGCCAUCCCCGCCAUGAUCAUCGGCAUUCCCGUGUAUGUAGGCCGCAAGAUUCAUAAUCGCUAUGAAGGCAAAGAUGUUUCAAAACACAAACGGAACCUGGCCAUAGCAGGUGGUGUGACGCUGUCUGUCAUUGUGUCUCCGGUGGUGGCCGCGGUGACUGUAGGCAUUGGCGUUCCCAUUAUGCUAGCUUAUGUGUAUGGUGUUGUUCCAAUUUCCCUCUGCCGAAGUGGGGGUUGUGGAGUUUCAGCCGGCAAUGGGAAAGGAGUCAGAAUUGAGUUUGAUGACGAAAAUGACAUAAAUGUUGGUGGACCUAACACAGCUAUAGAUACAACAUCAGUGGCAGAAGCAAGGCACAAUCCUAGCAUAGGCGAGGGAAGUGUUGGUGGUCUGACCGGCAGUUUGAGUGCCAGCGGCAGCCACAUGGACCGAAUAGGCGCCAUCCGGGACAACCUGAGCGAGACCGCCAGCACCAUGGCACUGGCGGGAGCCAGCAUCACUGGGAGUCUGUCGGGAAGUGCCAUGGUAAAUUGCUUCAACAGGUUGGAAGUACAAGCAGAUGUACAGAAAGAACGGUACAGUCUAAGUGGAGAAUCCGGCACAGUGAGCUUGGGAACAGUGAGUGAUAAUGCCAGCACCAAAGCAAUGGCAGGAUCCAUUCUAAAUUCCUACAUCCCUCUGGACAGAGAAGGAAACAGCAUGGAAGUGCAAGUGGAUAUUGAGUCCAAGCCGUUCAAGUUCCGGCACAGCAGUGGGAGCAGCAGUGUGGAAGAUGGCAGCGCUGCCCGGAGCCACACUGGUGGGUCAUCCAGUGGAUUGCCUGAAGGUAAAUCUGGUGCCACCAAGUGGUCCAAAGAAGCUACAACAGGAAAAAAAUCAAAAGGUGGUAAAUUGAGGAAAAAGGGCAACGUGAAGAUAAAUGAGACCAGAGAAGACAUGGAUGCCCAGUUGUUGGAACAGCAAAGCACAAACUCGAGUGAGUUUGAGGCCCCAUCCCUCAGUGACAGUAUGCCGUCUGUAGCGGAUUCCCACUCGAGUCACUUUUCCGAAUUCAGCUGCUCAGACUUAGAAAGCAUGAGAACAUCGUGUAGCCAUGGUUCCAGUGACUGUCACGCCCGCUUUGCGACUGUGAGCAUCCUUCCCGAGGUAGAGAAUGACCGUCUGGAGAACUCACCACACCAGUGCGGCAGUUCUCUGCUCUCCAAGACUGCUUCCUGCUCAGACGUUCCACAGCCGAAUCAUGCCGCAGAGGAGCACGGCCCCAAUAAAAGCGCGCUGAAGCCUAGUGGUGAUUUGUGCUUUGGUGAUGGACUGAAAGAGACAAAUAACAACCACCCACAUCAGACAGUGGACUUGAAGGUAGCUAUUCAGACUGAAAUUUAGGUCCAGAAUGCUGCAGAGUAAUAACCACUGAACAGCCUUGUUUGGAGCUGGUUGAGCCAUGCGUGACUGUUAGGUUUAAGUUACCAGCAAAAGCCAGGUUUCAUAAUCAAGAUGCAAAUACAUUUUGUAUGUUUAGCAAAGCAUUGUGUUCCAUGUGGAUGUUAAUUACCAAAUUAUGAAAUGAAGGCUUUAAAAGUGCAUUAUUAUGAGAAUAAUAACUUAAGAAAAAGCAUAUUUUGUGUUCUUGUCACAAAACAAUGCUUGAUGCACAUACCUGUGUAUUUAGAUAGAAAUUGGGCUUAAUUUAUAAUCAUACGAUACUAAUGCUGUUCUGCAUUGUUAAGAAAAAUCGAGGCUUGGGGAUAGUGGUUAGUGACAUGUUAUUGAAACCACUAAGGGAUGGUGUGAAAGGACCUGGCUGGUUACUCAGUAUGUGAUCCUCUUUGUGACGUCUCUCUUCAUAACUGAGCUUAAAUUUCAUUUCUUUCUUCACAUGCAAUGUGGAUAUAGAGCUUAAUGCAGCCCACUGGUGACCAUUUGGAUACUUAGACACUUGAGCAAGAUCGUGGCAGUUUUUGUACAACUUGAAGUAGAAAUACUUGGUACUGUUGCAUAUCUCAUGGAUUGUUGAUGCCAUUUUAGAAGAAAAAGAUAGGCGUAGGUAACUAAGUGUACUGACAGCAGCACAAAGACAGAGCUACAAAUGAAAUCCAUUAGGACACAGCAUCACAAAGUCACCUGCUCUAAGGGAGGUCAGUGCCCUUUGAUUCUUGGUGCCUUUGGGAGAGACCGGGUUUUAAGAGCCUGGUUAGUGGAGGAUUUGCUAUAUCAUUUCCCAUAACGUCUCCUCUAGUCACCUCAGAUAUAGAGAAAAAUACAGGAAAUAGAUAAACAUGAAUGUGAUUAUUAACUUUGCUGAAAAAGUAUUUGCCUACCAAAGACACACUCAGGCUUUAGUAAGUGUAAUAUUACAUAACCUCGGUUUUUAACAUGUAUAUCUUUUCCAACCAUGAACUCAAAGCAAUGCAGAGCUUGUACCAAGCUUAUACAAAAGGUCUGUGGCUUUGUUUCCUUUGCUUUUGUUGAUGGAGGAUGUUCAGCUGACACAAGCAGAAGCUGGCCAGAGUACUUCCCAUGGAACUUUCCUAGCAGACUGGCCCACAGCAGUCGAGACUCCACUGUAGGUGUUUCUUUUAAGUAUUACCAUUAUGGUGCUACUGAGCAUUUUCUUCUGAUAAAGGAAAUGCCCCGGGCUGCAGUCUUUCACCGUCCUUCUCCGCACUGCGUCCAUUCAUGUGCUUAUAUAACACUAGUGCCAGUUAUUUUAUUUGAUAAUGCUUAAUAUGGUAUUUGUACAUUUGUUUGCAUUCCAGUUUUGUUCAAUGAGUGUGUAAACAGCAUACGUGAAAUAAAUGUAAAUACUAAUGAA